CUCACACUUAUGGCUUACUGCUUUUGAAAUUUGAAAACAAACAUCUGACGAGGAGACAGGAGAGACUGAUAAUGGCAGAGAGAAUGGCAGACAUGGAGGAAGACAUGGGGGAUCUUCCAGCUGGAGAGGAUGACAAUGACUCAGACAGAGAUGGAGAUGAUCGAGCUUUCGCUUGGAUUGUAAACGACGAUAUGAAUGAGGACGAGGAUGAAGAGGAUGAAGUGGAAGAUGAACAACCACUAGACACUGAAGCAUCUGAGUCGUUUGAGUUGGACACCCCGGCUGAGCGCAGUGGUCAUAUUGCAGUGGUUGACAGGAAUGUAAUGUAUGUGUGGGGUGGUUACAAGAAUGCUCAAAACCAUGGAUUCUUUGAUUUGUACCUGCCAAGAAAUGAGAUCUGGACUUAUAACAUGGAGUCAGGAGUAUGGACAAAGCAUGUAGCUGGAGGUAAUCUGCACACGUCCAUGUCAGGCAGCUGUGGGGUGUGUGUCGAUGGAGUCCUCUACCUAUUUGGGGGUCAUCACGCCCGAGGAAACACAAACAGGAUCUACCGCCUGCCGCUCAGGGCUCCCAGCCUCGUCUGGGAGGAAAUGAGGGAUCUUAAAGGACUCCCUCCAUCCUCCAAGGACAAGCUAGGGUGCUGGGUUCAGAAGAACAGACUUAUAUUCUUUGGAGGAUAUGGCUACGCUGCACAGGGACUCCAUCGAGGGACUUUUGAAUAUGAUGAAUCGUCUUCAUUUAUGUGGGACAGCCCUGGGCGAGGCUGGAACAAUCAUAUCCACAUCCUGGACCUGGAGACAUGUACAUGGAGUCAGCCCAUCACAACGGGGAACACCCCGUCACCCAGAGCAGCCCAUGCAUGUGCCACAGUUGGUAACAGAGGUUAUGUGUUUGGAGGACGGUAUAAGAACUACCGACUAAAUGACCUGUACUACAUAGAUCUGGACACAUGGGAGUGGCAUGAAAUGAGUGUUCCCCAGCAGGGUCCUGUAGGCCGGUCUUGGCACUCCUUCACUCCUGUGUCAUCAGACCACAUCUUCCUAUUUGGAGGCUUCACCACAGAGAGGGAGACACUGAGUGAUGCUUGGCUCUACUGUGUGAGUAAAAAUGAAUGGAAGAAGUUUAAACACAGUCACACAGAGAGCCCCAGACUAUGGCACACAGCAUGCGCUGGCCCUGAUGGGGAGGUGUUUGUUUUUGGAGGGUGUGCCAACAACCUGUUAGCUCAUCAAAGAGCUGCCCACAGUAAUGAAUUACUGGUCUUCAACGUUCAGCCCAAAUCACUAGUUCGGUUUUGUAUGGAGAGCGUUCUGCAGCACAGAGAGCGUUUGGCUAGUUAUUGGGACUGCUUGCCCAAACACCUCCUGUACAGCCUCAAACAGAGAAUGACACGCAUCAACGUACUGGGCUCCUAGACAAUGAAGAAGCUAUCGAUCUAGUCCAGAGGAUUAAAGGACGAAUGUUUGUAUGGAUGGACAGGAGAGUGUGACUCUCAAAGCAGGUAGUCCUUUUUUAGAGUAUUAGUUUAAUGUGUGUGGACACUUGCAUUAAAAAAAUGUCAAGUGAACAGCUGUGGAUGUUAGAAAUACAUCCUGACUGAUACACUAAAGAUUUGCAGGCAACCCUUAAAACAGGUUAUAAUGUUUGAUAUCAUUUCACAGGUGGGCUUCUUUCGUUAAUUCUUUGAAAAAAUGGAAAUGUUAAUGUUUUCUGUAGAUGGAUGUCCACUGCCGUGCUGGGUUGUAAAAUGAAAGGGCGUUUGAUGGGGAAAAAACCCCCAACAUUAUAUUAUCUUAGUUAAAAUGAGGUGUUGAGAUUGUAUUAUCUGAUACCUGCAUAACCAACUAAACAAUAAACACAAAAUCCCACUUGUUUAAAGCUUUUAAGAAAGACCAUUGAAAGGAAAGUGCAGUGUUAGUCAGGGCUGGGAGAAAAGAAUAAAGCUUGGAAAGGGGGGCUGAACUUCAGCUUUGUGUUUCAGCAACUCCAUUUCCUCCUAAAGAAUAUAGUGCAUCCUGCAGGUAUACCCAAGGGUCAAGGGAAUAGUUCUAGUCCCUAAAAUGGACAACACAUGCAUCACAGUUGGUUGUAGUGGUUUUCGUGAGUCUUCCUCAGAUAUUGAACCAACUUAACAUGAGGCGCUUGCUUAAGUUCACACAGACCUCAAACUAGUGCUUUAAGCUACAUAUGACUAUCUACUCUGAAGCCACAGAAAGGUUCCUUCUAGUUUUAUUUGUAUAUAUAGUUAUUUAUAUAUUUGUGAGAAAAUGUGUGGAUUGUUUUCUUAAAGUGUGAUUUACUAAAAAAAAAAAGGCUUUUGAAGCUUUUAAAUUGGCUCCUGUAGCAUUUGAAUCUUAUUUAAUCAAUAACUUGAAAAUACUACAAGUAUGCUGAUGUUGAGCCACAUUGCACUGAAAUGCCUCAUAUCAGUAGGGCUUUGUUUGUAUUUGCCUGGUUUGCACAAUGUUCCCUUGGUGUUUUUUAUUGUAGAAUACAAUGCCUACUGUUGAUUUGUACUCAAAGAAUAAACACAUGCCACAAAAUUAU